AUGUUUGGUGAGACGGGUCAUCGGAGAACCGGAAGGGUUCGGGUUAGCCGAAAGGGUUCAGAGGAGCUGAAGGGUCAGCUACAGUCGCCGGUUAAAAGGAAGCCGUCGAAGACUCAGAUCGGAGGAUAUGCAAUCAGAAAAGAGAAGAAGCAUCAGAAUCAGAAAGGAAAGGACUUCGGAAAAAUCAUGUCAAGGAUUAGGAAGGUGAAGAGAUGGGUUACCUGGAGCAUCAGAGAUGAAAGACGACUGCAGUUCAUGGGAAAGGCGAACUGUCAGAGUCGAAAUCGGACCGGAGGAGCUCCGAUUUCACUUCGCCGCUGGAACAAGUGUGAGAGAUAG